UUGUGGUCGAAAACUGCCUCCGCAGCAUGGAUCCAGCAAACGAACAGAAGAGAAGUCUCCAGCAGGCAGCAGCCCAUCGUCCCACACCAAGAACAACCAGAGAGGCAAGCAGGGGAGAAUCGCGGAGGUCUGGGAAACACCAUCCUGCAGAGAUGACAGUGCUGCUCUCCCCGAGCUCCUCCCUGUUCCUCGCCAAACCUUCUGCCGUCGCCAAGGGCAGGGCGGCGGCUGUGACGUGCUUCAGCGGGCCCUCCCUGUCAGUGGGGCGUGAAGAUCAGGAGGGUGUAGCAGUGGUGGUGGGGAGGCGUGCGUUGGCUUCCGCAGCAGCUGUCGCCUCAGUGCUUGGGUUUGCAGGCCGUGGUCUGGCGGCCAACCAGGGCCUGCUCGCCGGGAGGGUCCCCGGCUUGUCUGAACCUGACGAAAAUGGUUGGAGAACGUACCGCAGGCCAGACGACAAGUCCGGUGGCCACGGAGUUGGCUGGAGCCCCAUCAUCCCGUACAGCUUCAAAGUUCCAGACGGCUGGGAUGAGGUCCCGGUGUCCAUUGCUGAUCUGGGCGGCACGGAGAUCGACCUGCGCUUCGCAAACCCCAAGGAAGGCCGGCUGUUCGUCAUCGUGGCCCCAGUUCGCCGGUUCGCAGAUGACCUGGACGACGCGACCAUCGAGAAGAUCGGCAGCCCGGAGAAGGUGAUCACCGCCUUCGGUCCGGAGGUCAUCGGAGAGAACGUGGAAGGGAAGGUCCUGUCCUCGGAGACGGCGGCGCAUUCGGGAAGAACUUACUACCAGUUCGAGCUGGAGCCGCCCCAUGUGUUCAUCACCGCCACGGCAGCUGGGAACAGGCUCUACCUCUUCAGUGUAACUGCAAACGGUCUGCAGUGGAAGAGGCAUUACAAAGACCUCAAACAGAUAGCACAAUCAUUUCGAGUCGUGUAGGGUUCCAAUUCCUACUACUACUUUUUUUUUACAGCGCCUGGCUCUUGUUGAUAUGAUUAGAGGACAUGGGAGACGGUAAUACGGAGAGAGGACAAGUGAGCAUCGCUUCUGAUGACCACUCUAACUCUGUAAGGUUACAAAGCUGCAGCAGCAGUUCAACAGCUUGUGUAAACCUGCUCGCUAAGGCUAAAUGCUUUUACUAUA